UAUAUGUGUGAUUGAUGAGAUCAAGAUUUGGAUUCGUUUCGUACUCUGGAAAAAUGAGUCAAAAAAAACUCUGAAACGAAAUUCACAUGUUGUUGAAAUUGAAGGAUAAAGAAACACAGGAAGAAGAGGAAGAAGAAGAAGAAGAAAAAGAGUUGUGUGAAUAAAGGGGUGAAUUAGGUUUGUGAUCGAUUGAUUGAUCGAAGAGAGAAGAGAUAGGGAAAUGGGGGAUCAAGUUGAGGGAACGGUUCAGAACAUUCUGGAUCAGGAUACUCUGAAGUGGGUCUUCGUCGGUGGCAAAGGCGGCGUUGGUAAAACGACAUGCAGUUCGAUUAUCUCCAUUCUCCUUGCAACCGUUCGCUCUUCCGUCCUCAUCAUCUCCACCGACCCUGCUCAUAAUCUCAGUGACGCAUUUCAGCAGCGUUUCACCAAAAUCCCCACUCUCGUCAAUGGCUUCUCCAACCUUUAUGCCAUGGAGGUGGAUCCUACCGUUGAUCAUGAGGAUAUGGGUGGCGCUGAUGGGAUGGACAGUUUGUUCUCCGAACUAGCCGGCGCUAUUCCCGGAAUUGAUGAGGCCAUGAGCUUUGCUGAGAUGUUGAAAUUGGUCCAGACCAUGGAUUAUUCUGUUAUUGUAUUUGAUACUGCUCCCACUGGUCAUACGCUCAGACUGUUGCAAUUCCCAACAGUUUUAGAAAAGGGUCUUGCAAAAGUAAUGUCUUUGAAAAAUAAAUUCGGUGGUUUGUUUAAUCAGAUGACUCGUAUGUUUGGCAUGGGUGAGGAUUUUGGAGAUGAUGCAAUUCUUGGGAGGCUUGAAGGCAUGAAGGAUGUAAUUGAACAAGUUAAUAAGCAAUUCAAAGAUCCGGACAUGACAACCUUCGUCUGUGUUUGUAUUCCCGAAUUCCUUUCUCUAUAUGAAACAGAAAGACUGGUUCAGGAACUUGCAAAGUUUGAAAUUGACACCCACAAUAUCAUCAUUAAUCAAGUAAUCUUUGAUGACGAAGAUGUUGAAUCCAAGUUACUUAAGGCAAGAAUGAAAAUGCAAAAGAGAUAUCUGGAUCAGUUUUACAUGUUGUAUGAUGACUUCAAUAUUACCAAGCUUCCAUUGCUCCCAGAAGAGGUUACUGGGGUUGAAGCUCUGAAAGCGUUUUCUAGACAUUUUACAUCACCAUAUCAAUCCUUAGCUAGUGGAGGAGACCAUGUAGAACGGUUACAGCGCAAAUUAGCAGCCCUACAACGACAGAUACAUGAGACUGAGGAAGAAUUGGAGAGAAUCAGAAGGGGCAUCUAGGCUUGACGGUCUCUAUCCAUGAAUAAUGUCAUUAUUGUACGCCUUUUUGUUUAACAUUAUUUUUUAGCUUACAUUUGAUAAAGCAUCUUUUUCUUAGUUGGCCCGCCAACACAAGUCAUUCUCUAUAUGCUUUCAUUUUAAGGUCAUAGUGAGCUUUCUUAUGUAACUCCAAAAGGUUAUUACUGAGGUUAGUCUAAUUUGUUUCAUGAAUAUUCUUUACUUGUCUUGUAUUUUUAUAAUUCAUAUUCUGAGAUGGAUAAUUUCUUAUCAAUAUUCUUCUUUGUUUUGUUUAAA